GGUGCGGUCGGGCGGCGGCGGCGGCAGCCGAGCGCAGGUGGCCCGGCCCGGCGGCGGCCGCUCCGCUCCGCGGCGGGGCGGGAUGGAGCGCGGCGCGGCGGCGCUGAUCCGCGAGGGCUGGUUCCGCGAGACGUGCCGGCUGUGGCCCGGCCAGGCCAUGUCGCUGCAGGUGGAGGAGCUCCUGCACCACCAGCGCUCCCGCUACCAGGAGAUCCUCGUCUUCCGCAGCACCACCUACGGCAACGUCCUGGUCCUGGAUGGGGUGAUCCAGUGCACGGAGCGGGACGAGUUCUCCUACCAGGAAAUGAUCGCCAACCUGCCCCUGUGCAGCCACCCCGACCCCCGCAAGGUGCUGAUCAUCGGCGGCGGCGACGGGGGCGUGCUGCGGGAGGUGGUCAAACACCCGACCGUGGAGUCCGUGGUGCAGUGCGAGAUCGAUGAGGAUGUGAUCCAGGUAUCUAAAAAAUACCUCCCAGGGAUGGCAGUGGGCUAUUCCAGUGCUAAGCUGACAUUGCACGUGGGAGAUGGUUUUGAGUUCAUGAAACAGAAUCAAGAAGCCUUUGAUGUGAUUAUCACAGACUCGUCUGACCCCAUGGGUCCUGCAGAAAGUUUGUUCAAAGAAUCUUAUUACCAGCUGAUGAAGACAGCGCUGAGGGAAGAUGGGAUUCUCUGCUGCCAAGGUGAGUGCCAGUGGCUGCACCUGGAUCUCAUCAAGGAGAUGCGGCAGUUCUGCAAGUCCCUGUUCCCGGUGGUGGAGUACGCCUACUGCACCAUCCCCACGUACCCCAGCGGCCAGAUCGGCUUCAUGCUCUGCAGCAAGAACCCUAACACAAAUUUCCGGGAGCCAGUGCAGCAGCUCUCACAGCAGCAGGUGGAGGAGAGGAGUCUCAAGUACUACAACUCUGACAUUCACAGGGCAGCAUUCAUCCUGCCAGAGUUUGCACGGAAGGCCCUGAGCGAUGUGUGAGACCCUGAGCUGCUUCCUGGCUCCAAGUUGGACUCUGAGAUCUUCAGUGACGUGGCUGGGAUCUUCUCAGCAGACUGCAGAUUUGCUCUCCACUGUGUGGGAUUGUUUAACCCUUGGCCAGCCAACAUUCCCUCUGAUGUGUUAAGGAUGAUGGGGCAUAAGCCAGAUAAGACUAUUGAAAAGUCCAGUGACUUAUUGCCUGAGGUCAAAACUGUUCUUUCCAGUGCUGGAAAUGUAAGAUGUCUUUUUCCUUUCAUCCCUGCACCCAUUCUAAAUUCUCCCAUCCCAACCACACUCCACACCCCUCCAGCUGAUGUGAUGUAUUUAUAACUGACACAUAUUUCUGUCUGGUGGGCUGGGAACAGUCCAAAGGGUCCCUGACUCAGCCUUAAGCACAGAGAGAAAGAGAGAGGGAGCUUUGUGCACAGUCAGCUCACUCUCUCCUCGUGGGAGCUCCCUGCUGCUGACACUUCUGGACUGGUAACAGGUCUGAGCAUCCCACUGCCCUCGUGUGACUCCUGCCCUGCUCUGCAGCACAGCUGGAGAAGCCACAGUGCAAACUGUUGCCAUUCACAAGAGAUCUCCCUCCAACCCUGAUGGAGUAGCAGUAUUAAACACCAGCCAGGCAUGCUGGCAGCA